AGGCGUCAUGAGAGCCCGUGGCUUCGAGAACUUCGUUCAAAACUCAGAUCGCGCCCUGCAGAUACUGAGACAGCACAUUCUGAUUGGCCAGUUCCGAUUGGAGGAUCUUCAAGCUUACGACCAGUUUUACACACUGCAAGGAAACCAAGCCUUGUUGCAGAUUAGAGUGGCAAAGGAUGUCUUUAAGUACAAGCUUCAUGGGGCCUCCGCAAAGGCGAAGGUUGUUGGGAGGAACUUCGUUGCCUCAAAUGGGAUGAUCCACAUCGUGAACAACGUCUUGACCAUGAGGCCUGACAUACUGGGCGAUACUCAGAGAAGCGCUUUGGACUUGAUCAAAUUAGAAGCAAAGUACAACCGGCUACAGACUCUCGUUACGGCCUCAGGAAUGGAAGACAUCUUUGACAACCCCAACACCACGGUAUUUGCCCCUGAAAACAGCGCCUGGGACGCCUUACCUACAGGGACGAUGGAUUACUUUACUCAAGAUCAGGAAGGCAAAGAGAAGCUGCAAACGAUUCUUAUGCACCACGUGGUGCCGCAGAAAGUGGGCGUGACUAGUCUGAUAAAUACGCAGAAAUUGAAGACCUUGGCAGAUACCAACUUUGCCAUCAAAGUCAAUGAACAGCGAGCAGCCGGUGUGGGCUGCUUCAAGUACUACCACAUUUGA